AUCACUUAACGAUCGACACGAGACACGACGGCGACAGACUGUAGAGGGUUGAAGACGGACGGACCCCUACUGUGAUUCAGUUGAAGCACAUCGUUUCGAGAGCGAGCGAGCGAGCGAGAGAGAGAGAGACGGAGAAUCCAUGGCAUCGAGGUACUGGGUGGUCUCUCUUCCAGUGAAGGACUCUGCUUCUUCUUUGUGGAAUCGUCUGCAGGAUCAGAUCUCCAAGCAUUCGUUUGAUACUCCAGUUUAUCGGUUCAAUAUCCCUAAUCUUCGUGUUGGAACCUUGGAUUCUCUACUCGCCCUCAGCGAUGAUCUUCUCAAGUCGAACAGCUUCGUGGAAGGAGUUUCUCACAAGAUCAGGAGGCAGAUCGAAGAAUUGGAGAGGGUCUCUGGUGUCGAGAGCAACGCCCUUACAGUUGACGGAGUUCCUGUUGAUUCUUAUCUCACCAGGUUUGUCUGGGACGAAGCUAAAUACCCGACUAUGUCUCCUUUGAAGGAGAUUGUUGAUAGUGUUCAGACUCAGGUUGCGAAAAUUGAGGAUGAUCUCAAGGUUCGUGCUGCUGAAUAUAACAAUAUCCGCAGUCAACUCAAUGCCAUUAACCGAAAGCAAAGCGGAAGCUUAGCUGUCCGUGACCUCUCAAGCUUGGUUAAGCCAGAAGAUAUUAUCACGUCGGAACAUCUAGUGACUCUCCUUGCUGUUGUUCCGAAGUAUUCUCAGAAAGACUGGCUGUCCAGCUAUGAGACAUUGACUAACUAUGUGGUGCCUAGGUCUUCAAAGAAAUUGUUUGAGGAUAAUGAAUAUGCACUCUAUACCGUUACCCUCUUUGGUCGUGCAGCAGAUAAUUUUCGGACAAGUGCCCGUGAAAAAGGAUUUCAAAUCCGUGAUUUCGAGUAUAGUCCCGAGGCACAAGAGAGUCGUAAACAAGAGUUAGAAAAGUUGGUUCAGGAUCAGGAAAGCUUGAGAAGCUCUCUUCUGCAAUGGUGCUACACUAGUUAUGGAGAGGUUUUCAGCUCAUGGAUGCAUUUUUGUGCAGUGCGGAUAUUUGCAGAGAGCAUACUGAGAUACGGAUUGCCACCAUCUUUCUUGUCAUGUGUCUUAGCCCCGUCGAGCAAGGGCGAGAAGAAAGUGCGUUCGAUUAUUGAAGGCUUGUCUGAUUCUGCAAACAGCAAAUACUGGAAACCGGAGGAGGAAGGAGGAGGAAUGGGUGGGUUAGGAGGAGGUGAUGCGGAUGCUCAUCCCUAUGUAUCAUUCACCAUCAAUCUUUCUUAAUAUUAAAAAUGCUUCAAGCCUAAAUCAAUCAUUCAUCAUAUGCUGAUGAUGUUGAUGGGCUUUUGGUCUCUCUCAUGUUGUGUUUCCAUAUAUAAUUUUUUUUUUUUGCAUUUUCCCCAAUAUAUAUAGUAGUAAUAAUCAUAAUAAUAACAGUAAUAAUGAACAAAAAGGUGGGCGGUUGAGAGAAGCCAGAGUUGGGUGAGUUUCGACACUGAUUUUGUGGUUUGGUGGCUAUUCUCACUCGGUUGAUCUUUUGAGAGCCCUUAACCCAUUUGUUAUUUCAUGUAUUUUUUUUUCCUUGGAUCUCUCUCUCUCAUAUAUAUAUAUAUAAUGUCCGACUGUGUUUGGAUA